AUGCUCAGUCGUAUUAACGACGCCCAUUUAAAGGUGGUAAGAGACCUAGAGAAAAAACCAAGUGAAUGCCAAAAGAGACUAGGUGGUGUUUUAAAUACAAAUGUGCGUGUCAUACGUUCGGAGCUGAGAAAAGCAAAAUUCAACCACUGGAAGACACUACCUCAACGGGAUAUUGGGGUGACAUCGUACGAACAUUGUAUGCUAACUAAUGGUUGGGUUUCAAAUAAAAUAAGUUUAACUUGCAGAAAAUGGGCAUAUUCAUUAAAAAUAUCAAUGAAUUCAAUGGCCAAAAGGACAACAGGUGGACGAAGUUAA